GCAGUUAGUGUUUGAAAUACAUACAUCAAAGAUAAAACUUAAAUGUACGUUCUGUAAUCUGUUAAAGAUCACAACGAGAAAAAUUUCUGAAACGAAGUAAAUAGGUGAAUUAAAGUCAAUUUCUGAUAAAAUCAUGUUAACAGUAAAAUUGAAAUACAGUAGGCAUUCCUUUUGUCAGUAUUUAAAAAUUGAGCAAAGAAAGGAGGAAUGAAAACUGACGAAUACUCCUGAAGUUUGAUGUGUUGCAAACCACCCAUAGAUAUGCCUGGUGUGGAAUUUUGAGAGAAUAAGAGCGAUGUCGAUCAGAAUAGGAGAAGAUGAGAGAAGGGGAAGGGGGGGCAUUGGAUCCUGAUGUUGUCAACGAUUCCAUAGGGCACAGGGCAAGGGCGUCUUCGUCGUCGUGGCGUGAGGGUCGCCGAGUGCUGGAGUUGCCGCAUUGCACUGUCUAAAGGCGGAUAUGAUGGUGGUGCUACUGCUGCUGUGCUGCGAUGCGAUGUGAUGUGAUGCGUGCCCAGCGUCGUGCCUGGUUGCCGUCAUCUCCGCGACUUGUCUCGCCAUGGUCGGCAUGGAUUCCAGGAAAAACUCCGGGAGCCCCAUCCCGGGGCUGCCACGACGCCGCAGGGACAGAGCCUCACAGGAUUCCUCUCCUGCAUUCCAAGUUCAGUCUCUGCAUACUUUUGGGUUUUCGGUUAUAUUGGGGCGACUGGCUCAAAUUGCCGUUCUCGACAGCCGCACUGUCGUUUAUGCCAUCGGUUCUGGACUUCAUCGCUGGAGGGAUGGGUUUGCAGUGCCAGUGAGUACCCCUGAAGACAGUGUGGAGAGCAUUGUGGCAGUUGUUGCAUCCAGUAUGGGUUGUAUAGUGGGUGCAUGUGAGCUAUUGAAAUCCAAGUCCUCUCAGGUGUCAGUUUUUGAUAUGCGGACUCAAAGGAAAGUGGGCACUUCUUUCAUCAUGCAAUGUAAUGCAGAGAUUGAGAUUUGUGCAUUUUCAAAGGAUGAGACAAUAGUGGUGGCUGCUGCUAAGUUAGAAGGUGGAGGCUCUUGGCUUUGUUGUUGGGAGUUGAAACAUUCACAGGAGAAAUCUGCAGAUCCAUACAUGGGGGUCGCUGGUGCCCACAUUGCCAGUGGAUUUGGGCCCAUUGCAACAAUCAAGGUGCCACACAAAAUGGAUUACAUCCACUACUUUGUUGAGGGAACCAAUUUGGUUUGCAUCACUUGGGACACGGGAGAUGACCCAAUUGUUGCUGCCUCCUUGUCCAAAGAUGCAUCUCUUGCAGUGUUCAUAUUAGGUUCUGUGACAGACAUGGAUUUUUGUCAUCAACGUCAGGUCAUUGCUAGUUGUGGCAAGGACAACAUGGUCCGGCUAUGGAGCUGUGUCACACCAUCAUGCAGAGUGGCCAUGAGGUAUGAGGAGGAGCCCAUUGCAGUGGCCAUCUUCCAGUACCUUCUGAUAGUGGCAUUCCAACACAGAAUCAUGUGUUAUUGCUUGCUGGCUCAUACGCAGGCAAACUGUGUUGAAGCAGAUUCCCAUUCCCAACGUAAGGCAUCUCAGGAUCAGCCCCAGCGGACACCUCGCCAGCGUGACAGCUGGCACCACCAUCCUCAUUCUCUGCUGUGCCUCUUGGAAGCUUCUCGCCUCACUUAAGGGCCACAGGGCACCCAUCACCACAGUGGCAUGGGCAAGGAAUUCCAUCCACCUGGCCUCAGCAGACAAGGCUGGCUGCAUCCACACCUGGUUCAUGGAUGGGUUUGUUGGCUUUGGAGAGAGCCAUGCACCCCCAGGCUCUCACUACACUUCCCUGCUGUAUGACCCCACCCACCUGAGCAUGUAUGCAUGUGGCCCAGACACUCCUCUGCACCUGCUGGAUACUGAGAAGAAGCCCACAUCCCACCCAGGUGCUGCCAGAGAUGUUUGCUAAUGACACUGUGGACCCUGGAUCCCCCAACAAGGUCUAUGCCCCUCUCUCCAUCCCUCAGCACAUGGGGACUAGCUUCUGCUCUUCUCUCUUCAGGCCUAGCAUUACAUAUGAAAUGAAGCCAAGGGGGGCAACCCAUGUGGCAGCUAUAUUUAGAAGGGGGUUGCUGAUUGCAGUCACAAACACUGGGCACCUCUUGCUCUACUCAUUGCCAUUAGGCAGGGACCAAACUAUGCCUCUCUCUGAAUGGACCAUAAAUGCUGGGGUCAUCAGUAAGUUGCUUGUGGAUGAGAUGAAUGGCAGAGUCAUGAUGGCAUCAUUGAAUGGGUCCAUCAGCAUUUUUGGCAUUGAGGCCCUCAACCUGUUGUCAAACCCACCAACACAGCAACUGUGGGUUGGUGGUAGUGGUGCUCCUUCCUUUGUAUCAGUUGCCCAAUGCUCCUGGCCUGAGAUGGGUGGCUCCAAGUAUUUGGACAUUGAUUUCAUUUUGCGCUCUGAAGAGAGGGAUGCCACACUGGAAGCUCAGGUGCAAAUCUCUCACUCUGCAUGUUCAAUCUAUACUCAGAACAGUUAUUGCAAUACUUGUACCAUAUUGAUAGUAUUGUAUUCUGUUUAAAGAAAUAAUAUAAUUAUUCACACUAAUAUGCUUGUUUGUCCUAGUAGCACAAGAAGAUCACUUCCUGAAAUCACAUUUGAAGCUUUGUAAGUAUAAACUUAGACUGUUGUUAACCCUUCAUCUCUAAUUGAUAUUGUUACACCCCGCAUGAACUCCCACUAGACAACUAGCUAUUAAUAUGCCUCUUUCUUUUGCACAUUUUUUCCUUUCUUUGGUAUAAGAGAGGGAGAUAGUGGAUAUUUCACAAAAAAAUAAAUUGCAAGUUAUUUUUUUAUAGAAAUAGAAUAUUUGUUUUUAAA